GUCUUUCUAAAUAAUGAAGAGAUGUGUUGUACAUUCAUAUUCAUAAGCCGGUUUAUAAUACUAGGAGCAAGGCUAUCCAGCAUUCUGCAGCCAUUCUGACCAACAUACUGGCAGUACUACCAAGCAUCUUUAUAGCAUCUAAGGCUAAAUGUAGAUCUUGGGCACAGCACCCUGAGACCAACGAAUCUCCUCCUUUGAGUGCAGUCAAGCAAAGGUGAAUAUGCUACCGAUCAAAAAUGAUUUCUAGGUUGACAUCUGAAGGGAGACCAGGCAAGGAAAUAAGAAGCCCAGCAGGUGUUCCGGCUCUGAUUGAGGAAAGCACCUCUGCCCUCUGCCCUACACUUUUAUUGGUAUCGAAGAAAGGUGACACUAUACUGGAACUUACCAUAAGCGAAAGGCAAGCUUCCAAGGCACAGACAAGCAGGAGCUUGCAGUCAGGUUCAGAACAGCAAGGGAAGAGACCCAGAAACAACACGGAGCUCGGAGCCUGACAAGACCUCGUCCUGCAGACAUUAAAGUCUGGCAUCAUGUUCCGCAAAAAGAAGAAGAAACGUCCCGAGAUCUCUGCUCCUCUGAAUUUUCAGCAUCGGGUGCAUACGUCGUUUGAUGCCAAAGAGGGCAAGUUUGUGGGGUUGCCACUGCAAUGGCAGAAUAUCCUGGAUACCUUGAGGCGCCCCAAGCCUGUUGUAGAUCCUUCAAGGAUCACCCCAGUACAGCUCAAGCCUAUGAAAACUGUUGUGCGGGGCAGCACCAUUGGUUUGGAAGGUUACAUUUCCGGGUUAUUGCAUGAUAUUGAGAAGCUCUCUGUCAUCAGCUCCAACACUCUGAGGGGAAGCCCUUUGGCUAGAAGGAGAGCUCAGUCUUUGGGGGUUUUGGGUGAAGAGAAACCCUUGAAUGGACCCUUUCAAAUCCCGGAACAAAUCCCCUUGGAUAAAUAUGGGAACUAUAUUAAUUGUAAUGGAGGAUCAAAGGCAAGCAGGAGGCAGACGAUGUUUCCCGACUAUAGACCAGUGGGGGAUAACUACUGCAAACCCAAUGGAUCUGUAUUUAAAGCAAAGUCCCUGGAUCCUGGUGAUUUUCAGGACACUGUGGACCAUAUGGCACUUUCCAUUCCGUCUCCUGCCAGCUUGCAAAAGGCCCACAUUGCAUCAAGGAGCUUUGACGAGGAAAUCCCCACAUCUAGACCAUUAUCCCAGGUAGUCCCAGUAACCCCGCAGGAGGAGGACACGGCGACAAACAAGACAGAAAGCGCGACAAAACAUAAACUGUUCCAUAGUGUGUUUGUCCCCUCCAGCAGGGGCCACAGUGUGGAGCUACUUGAACCCGCACAGCAGAUAAAGAAUGAGCCCUUACAGGGUCCCUCUAGUUCUGCCCGUGGAGUCUUCACCAAAGCAGCAUCUCUUCCUCCGAACCACUUAUCUCCAGACUUCACCAGAGUAAUUUCAGGAGCACCAUCUGAUAACAUAUCCCCUCUGCGGCCCUGCAGGCCCUCCCCAGCAGGCUCCCCUCGCAGUCGCCCCAUCCAGACCAGCUCCACCAACCUACACCUUUGCACGGACACCUUUGGCAAAACUCAACUGGGUAACCAGGACUCCCAGGUGGUAACACACGAACAGUUCAAAACAGCCCUCAGGAUGGUGGUGGAUCAAGGAGACCCUCGCCGGUUGCUAGAGGAUUAUGUGAAGAUUGGAGAAGGGUCCACGGGAGUAGUUUGUAUUGCUCAAGAGAAGCACAGCGGGCGUCAGGUGGCAGUAAAAAUGAUGGACCUCAGAAAGCAGCAGCGGAGAGAACUUCUGUUCAAUGAGGUUGUUAUCAUGAGAGACUACCAGCACCCCAGUGUAGUGGAGAUGUACAAGAGUUAUCUUGUUGGGGAGGAGCUCUGGGUUCUGAUGGAGUAUGUCCAAGGUGGAGCUCUGACUGAUAUUGUAUCACAAACAAGGCUGAAUGAGGAGCAGAUUGCCACUGUUUGUAAGUCAGUAUUACAGGCUCUUGAGUAUCUACACUCCCAGGGGGUGAUUCACAGGGACAUUAAGAGUGAUUCUAUCCUCCUUACACUUGAUGGACGGAUAAAGCUUUCCGACUUUGGAUUUUGUGCACAAAUCAGCAAAGAUGUCCCAAAAAGGAAAUCGCUAGUUGGUACCCCUUACUGGAUGGCCCCAGAGGUCAUUAUGAGGUGCUCCUAUGGUACCGAGGUGGAUAUCUGGUCACUUGGCAUCAUGGUGAUUGAGAUGGUGGAUGGUGAACCCCCAUACUUUAGUGAUUCCCCUGUACAAGCCAUGAAAAGAUUACGCGACAGUCCUCCUCCCAAACUGAAGAAUUCUCACAAAGCCUCCCCCAUACUGAGGGAUUUCUUGGAGCGGAUGUUGGUUCGAGAUGCAGCUCAGAGAGCGACUGCCCAGGAGUUGCUGGACCACUUUUUUCUAUUGCAAGCUGGCCUGCCGGAAUGCUUGGUGCCCCUCAUCCAGCAAUACCGCAAAAGGAACUCUGCAUGCUAACGCUGACACCUCUGUGUGAGUGCCAAAUCCUGACUGUGACAUGUUGGGGAUAAAGAUGCUCCAACAUGAUGGUACAGGCAAUAUAGCCACAUCUGGGGCAUCUAAAACCUGCAGAGAUGGUGCAUUGCUGCCCAGUGAUACACUCGUUUGCUGACAAGAAAUAAGCUACGUGGAAAAAGAAAACGUUUGGACCAUUUUUCUGGGGUCUUUACUGUUAAACAGGGUCAGAUGUCAUUGUUUACACUACUGAGACCUUGGCUGUCAGAGGAGCUAGCAAUCCAUUGCAUAGGGGGGUAUGGCAUUGCUUACUCCUCUAGCAGCAAGGUAGUUAUUGUAUUUCUUCUAUUUUGUACACUGUAACAGAGAUUCUAAAGAAACACAGCAGAUGCACCUUAUUUUGUGUACAUUGCCAAAUCAAUUCCCUACAAUUACCGGGCUGCUAUUUUACAGAAGGCACUUCAAGGACUGUCCAGCAGAGGGUGCCAGUACUAUAGAAAUAACUAUUUUGUGAUGUUUCUUUUAAUAUGUGGAGAUGGAAUCUAUAUGCCGUAUAUAACAAACUGUGCUCCAUUCUGAAUCCAGGACUAUGUAGCUAGAAAUAUAUGAACACCUGAAUAAGGUGACAUUGGGGUUUAGGCAUCACAGAGGCAUCUCAAUACCUUCAACACAGCAAUGCAGUACAGAUACAGUUUAUGGGUAAAACAAUGGGCUACAUUAAUGGUUUACUGCAUUUACCUGAACUGGAGAGGUAACACCCUGAUGUGCAACUGAAUUAACCUAAGCUUGUUUUAGGAGUUACCCCAAUUUUAUACAGUAUCCCCUAAAUCCCACUUAUCACUGAAGCUGCAGAGCUGACAUUCCGUUGCACAUGGCUGCACUUUUAGCCCUACCCUUCUCAUCCUUCAUAGGAUAUCUCUAUACAAACCUCUGUGCUGUUUCAGAGUGAUGAUAACAUCCUUCAAGGUGGCCAUUCACAGGGAGAUCGCUCGUUUGGUGAUGUCGCAAAACGAUUGGCUCUCUCCCCGAUAUGUCCGAGGUGGGCGAUAUCGGGCUGAUCCGAUCGUGGGCCCUAGGGUCCAAUGAUCGAAUCAUAAUGGAGGCAUCAACGUACAGAUGGGGCAGAGAUCCGACGGGAUUUUUAAACCUGUCCAAUCAACAUCUGGCUGACUUUUGGCCAGAUACAGUAUAGAUCAGGGAAGCCCGUCGGAGGGCCCCACACAAGGGCCAAUAAGCUGCCGAUCUGUUGGCAGCUUUUAUCGGCCUGUGUAUGGGGGUCUUUAAGUCUCCUCUGAACCCCUACAACAGCCAUUCUUUCCCUUCUACUGAAGUCAUUGCCGUGGGUAUGUGCAGAUUGCAGCUUGGUGCAUCAAUUGCAGAAAAAAAACUGAAGCACAAACCAGUACAGGUAUGGGGUCUAUAGAACCUGUUAUCCAGAAAACUCCA